UAACCACUGAUAACAGUAAACACUUCUUCGAGGGCAGUGCAGAAAAAACCCUUUUGUUACCUGACUGCUGAGUCAGAACCAAAGAAGGAGCUGGGAGGCUGCAGCCAUGCUCCCUUCCCAGGCUCUCCUGCCCGCAGUGGUGUUUGCACUCGCAGCCCUUCAGGCCCUUGCCUCCGACACCUUCAUGGCAGCUGUCUAUGAGCACGCCGUCAUCCUGCCAGGUCCCACCGAGGAGCCCGUUUCUCCCGACAGUGCUUUGGCCCUGAUGAAUAAAAACAUGGAUGUCCUGGAAGGGGCCAUCAAGGAAGCUGCCCAGCAGGGUUCCCACAUCAUCGUGACUCCUGAAGAUGGCAUCUAUGGCUGGCGAUUGACAAGAGAAUCCAUCUACCCCUACCUGGAGGAUAUCCCAGAUCCAGUGGUGAAUUGGAUUCCCUGCACUGACCCCUCAAGAUUUGGUCCAGCACCAGUGCAGGAACGACUCAGCUGCAUGGCCAGAAAUAACUCCAUCUAUGUGGUUGCAAAUAUUGGGGACAAGAAGCCGUGUGACUCCAGUGAUCCCGACUGCCCCAGGGACGGUCGCUACCAGUACAAUACGGAUGUCGUGUUUGACACACAGGGGAAGCUGGUGGCUCGUUACCAUAAGUACAAUCUGUUUAGAGGUGAAACUCAGUUUAAUUACCCAAAAGAGCCAGAAGCUGUCAUCUUUGAGACUCCUUUUGGGAAGUUUGGCAUUUUCACUUGCUUUGACAUCCUUUUCUAUGAGCCUGCCGUGGUUCUGGUGAGCAAGAUGCAGGUGGACACCGUGCUCUUCCCAACAGCUUGGAUGAAUGUCCUGCCCUUUCUGACUGCAAUUGAGUUUCACUCUGCUUGGGCUAUGGGCAUGCGUGUUAAUUUACUUUCAGCAAAUACUCACAACACCAGCAUGGCAAUGACAGGCAGCGGGCUGUUCACGCCCGAAGGACCUGCUGCCUACCACUAUGACAGUGUCACGGAGGAGGGACAGCUCCUGCUAGCAGAGAUGAGUGCACACCCCCGUCUUUCCCCCACCUACCCUCCUGCCAUCAACUGGAGUUUGUAUGCCACCAGCAUCAAGAAAUUUCCUGGAGAAAAUGACACUUUCUCUGGAGCUGUCCGGAAGGAUAUAUUCACUUUCAGUGAACUCAAGCACAAGGAUGGAAAUUACACUGUUUGCCAAGGAGACCUUUGCUGUCAUCUGGUUUACCAGAUGUCAAACAAGAGGAAAGAUGAAGUUUAUGUCCUGGGUGCAUUUGAUGGGCUUCACGGUUCUGUCAUAAAGUACCAUUGGCAGAUCUGCAGUCUGCUAAAGUGCCCCAGCACAAACCUGAGCACAUGUGGGCAGCCCAUGGAGACAGCUCAGACCAAGUUUGAGAUGUUCUCCCUCAGUGGCACAUUUGGCACCAGCUACGUCUUCCCAGAAGUGCUGUACAGCGGGGUGCAGCUGGCCCCCGGGGAGUUCCAGGUGCUACGUGACGGGCGUUUGAACAGCAAGCACGGCACAUCGAAACCGCUCCUAACAGCGACACUUUUUGGAAGACUUUAUGAGAAGGACCAGCCACAUCCUCUGCGUAUUUCCCCAUAAAGUAUCUCCUUAGGAGUUACACACUAACCAGAGGCAGGAGGGGAAUUUCCUCCUGAACUGCAGCAGUUACCCUGUAUGAUUCCUGUUCUGCAAUACUGCAUUUCUGCUCAGCAGCUGUGGCAGUUGGGCUUAUCUGGGAGAAAAUGGUGUGUUCACUCUGCUGUGCAUGCCUUUUUAACAGUGCUUGAGCCAGUGCAAUCAUUUUUUAGUAUGCAUGAUCUGUCACAUGAAACUUUUAAUCAGAAAUUUUGUUUCCCCAAGAUAGCAUACAGAUUACUAAGAUUACAGUAGAAAGAAAACAUACCAAAAUCUAUGAAAUGGGGUUUGUCAUUUUACUGGAGAAUAAAUUUGCUCCAAGAAAGCCUUUCUGUCCAUAUUGCCCCUUCCUGUUUUUCAGACUAAUGUAUAAUCAUUAGGUUUCUGCAUUUUUCAGCCUUACAGCCCAAUCAACAGGGCCUACUUAACACUCAAUGAGCCUUGGCCCCAUUCUGACCAAGGUACUUUGCAAUAAAGAGAAAAUCAGAUUUAAAAUUAUCUUAGGUGCAAUCAUGGAGAGAGAAGGUGGUCCUCCACAGCCCACCCAGGUGUUGGGUCUGGCUAAGGUCAUAAAGCACAUCCAGUUCUGCAGUUCCUCUGGUCUUGUACCUCUUUGUACAUGGCAGAUGGGUGUUGGGUCCAGUGCACUUCACAUCCAACUUACAAUAUAAACACAGUACUCCAAUACCUUCUGGUUACAUGAGUAAUUUCUUCAAAACUGUUAGGAUAUAUGAAAUAGGCAGUCUUUUAGCACCUGAAACACAUUUCACCCUGUAGUGUGAAAAAUGGGCCUUAUUUUGGAUUUCUAGCAAUGAUGUAUCCAAUUUAGCAGCCCUGGGCCUCAUGUCUGUCUGUCUUGAUAUGGAGCAAAAAGAGCUUUGUUUGCAUCAAAUAUGCCGUGGAGUGGUCCCUACCCCCACGCUUAUCCCAUAGUAUUUUGCAUCUACUGCCAUUCUUACAGCCUGCACCAAGGUUAGCACUGAGCUGUGAUAAAUGUGGCAUGUAAGAAACACUCUGUGGCUUGCAUCGUGCACACCUAUGUAUGUUAUCCAGAAGUUGUUGGAAUCACAUGAUUCCUGAUUUCCCCCCGUGCUGCAGCUUCUCAGUGUGCAACUUCAGGGGCUCCUUCUGUGAGUUUUUUUCA